AAAAAACAUUUAAAUUUUCACUAAYCAUUUGAAAGAUUUUUGCUUUCCUGCACCUUUUCUUUCUGUUAUUGAUCCAUUUGCUUUCUAGGAUUUGGAGUAUGAUUUUAAGGCUUAAAGUUUCUAAAAGAUCUUGUWUGGAAAAACAAGAGAACCAGUUUCUAGCUGGAACAAAGUUCAGCCAACAGGAUACCUUCAGAGACAAUCCUGAUCUUUGUUCCAGACAUAAAACUGCUACAACUAAGGUAAGAAUUAAGAUAGUUCUAAAUGUAUGAGUGAAUAAAUUAAUUUAUGAUGYGCAUGAGUGGCAGAACAUACAUWUAAUWUAWAUAACAGCURGGUSUUUCAUUCAGAAACAYUWAAGACUCUUAUUAAAGGUCUGCUUAAUCUAAUCGAGUUGUUGAAAAAGAUUAGUUCAUAACAUUAAUAAAAAUGUGAAUAAAUCUGAACUAAGCAUAUCAUGCACACUAAUAAGAUCUAUAAGACAAAUACGUUUUUAUAUAAAAUACAGCAACCUUUGAACUAAUUUGUUGGUUUUUUAUUUUAGAUUUUGGAGGAGCUUCUAGUCCUUUAAAAAAAGCCACUUCUGGAUCUUUGUUUUGAACAAAUGGAUUUUAGAAAUGGUUGGAUUUGGACCUGCAGAUGUGCCUCCGUCAGCAGUGGUAAAGUUUGUGGGAGCAGGAGCUGCAGCCUGCGUUGCUGACCUGCUCACGUUUACGCUGGAUACGGCUAAAGUGAGGCUGCAGAUCCAGGGAGAGAGCAGCGCAGCGAGUUCGGUGAGGUAUCGUGGCGUGUUUGGCACCAUCAUCACCAUGGUGCGCACUGAGGGACCUCUCUGAGUCUACAGUGGACUGGUGGCCGGACUCCAGAGACAAAUGAGCUUCGCCUCUGUUCGUAUCGGUUUAUAAGACUCUGUUAAACAGUUCUACACCCGAGGCACAGACCAUGUUGGCAUUGGUAGUCGGCUGCUUGCAGGGUGCACCACUGGAGCCAUGGCUGUUGCUUUUGCUCAGCCCACCGACGUGGUGAAGGUUCGUUUUCAGGCUCAGGCCAYAUCCGGUGAGCACGCUAGACACUACUGUGGCACCAUUGAUGCUUACAAGACCAUCGGUAGGGAAGAAGGGAUUCGAGGGCUCUGGAAAGGAACAGCACCAAACAUUGCACGCGAUGCCAUUGUUAACUGCACAGAACUGGUGACGUAUGACUUCAUUAAGGAUCUGCUGCUCAAGUCCACUCCCUUGACAGAUAACCUGCCUUGCCACUUCGUAUCGGCCUUCRGUGCCGGGUURUGCACGACUGUGAUCGCCUCUCCUGUCGAUGUGGUCAAGACGAGGUACAUGAACUCUGCUCCGGKCCAGUACGGCAGCGUUCUCAAUUGUGCUGCUGCCAUGAUGACCAAAGAGGGGCCACUUGCUUUUUACAAGGGGUUCAUGCCGUCGUUCUUACGGCUGGGCUCCUGGAAUGUGGUGAUGUUUGUUACUUAUGAGCAGCUGAAACGAGCCAUGAUGGCAGCAAAUAACAGCAAYAUGGCUUCACUGUAGGCAAUGAUGUCUAUCUGAAAGGCUGCUACUAUACCACACCUGCCUUUUASAUGUAAUCAGCUUUUAUUAUAAUAUUUCAAAAGCCAUUACUGYUUGUAGGAGCGCAACAUGUGUAAUWAAUAUGUUAGAAAUG